UCAGGACCGAGGGACCGAAUGAAAAUGAGCUUGUCCGUGUGAGGGGUUGUUCGAAUGCUGACAUAGACAUGCUGAGGAUGGGGCCUGAUGAUAGGUCGUGUAUGGGUGUAUCAACCAUUGACAUCGAGGGCCACCCCCAUAACACAGUCGUACCCUCUCGCUUGUUCGACGUACUGGUUCAUGUGCCUUCUUCAGCUCGUACUACUUACCCAACGCAUAUCUACCUUGACGCGCGUUUCAGAAACAAUGACGCCAUACGACAUCGGUCCCUUAUACUACAGGUUGCUCGAGAUGGGAUGCCGGACUUCAACCUUCGGAUCGACCGUCUCCGGGACCAUACUCUCUCAUUUCUUCAAUUCCUUCUUCGUCGUGGACGGUCUGAUGCAUUGGAUACAGUGGAUAACCGUGUCCGAGAAUUUGCAGUUACUCUACGAUGCAAGGUCAAGCGAAGAAGCGGUACUGGACCUACCUCAACCAGUCCCACUCCUCGAAUUCGGAAGAAUCCUCGAGGUCGUACUGGGUGAGGAAAACUGCUGGUUCGUCGUUUCGACUCUUGAAGAGGCAUUCGUGAACGUGUUUGGUGCUCGCUAUGUAAAAGGUAAAGCGAGUCAUUCACGUCUUGCUAGACGAAGACGUACUGGAAUUUGGAACGAGCUUGCUCUUCGAGGAUCCAAAUAAAAAAAAGCCAGUUAGAGUGAAGAUUCGAUGAAAAGAUCCCCUGGAUUAUGAUUCAUGUGUAACACGCAC